UGCAGGACGGGAUGGCAGAUCAGGCUGCCUGGCAUGGCAUGUCGGUGCCGUAGCAGCAACUGUAGCCUAGCCUGCUGAGACUGUCUUCAACGCAUGCCCCCACGCUCCCCCUCCCCUAUUACUGUUGCAGGGGUAGGGGCAACAGUACCCCUCUAUCCCGUUCAUCGCGUUCCUCCUCCUCCUCCUCUCCCCUCCCGAUUUCUUCUCUCUCCCGCUAAAUGGAUGGCGACGCUACGGCGGAGAAGUGUCUCGCUGCCGCUUCCUUCCCAGACAAGAGCGCGCGCUCGGAAUACUCCGAGGAAGACGCCCGAGGCGAUCCGCGGGCGACCAUACCGCCGCCGGAGAAGGUACGCGUCAUUCCGCCGUCGCCCGCGAAUCGUCUGUCUUCGUCCGCCCGGCGAGCAGCAGUGGGCCUCGUCGACGCGACUCCGCCGUCAACCUUCGCGGACCGGCGACCCGGCCGAUCCGUGCGAAGACGCCGCCGCCGUUCGUCGCUGUCCGCCGGAACGUUAGGGUUGGGGUCGACGUCGAAGGGAGGUCAUCCAAUCGCCGACAGAUCUACGCUGACCCGAUCUGCGUCUUUCGAGGUACAAGGUCCAAGAAUGGCUGACAACAACUCAAACACACCUAUUCGACCUACUGGUGCCAGCCCCAAUUCAGGUAACCAGUGUUUCCCCCCACCCAUGUGGGAUCCUCAGAUGUGGCAGGGCCAAGGUUUCGACCCAACCCAUCCUUCUACAUUUUCUACUCCUACAAACCAUAUGACCAAUCCUACCUGGUCCCAGGGAGCUAAUGACCCAUCUACAUAUACCUUUCGUAGUCCAUGGAACCCAUUUUUUGGUAUGAUCAAUCCUGGGGGUCCUCCACAACAACCAUCAUUCGGUCAACCCCAGUUUGCACCACCCAUUCCAUGUCCACAGGGUUCUACCCAUGUUCCCAACCACACUGACCCAAUAACUUUUGAAUCCGAAGCAGAACAUAGUGUCCAGGAAGUAAACAGCCCAACCAAACCUUCAGACACACCUACGACAUUUAGAAGGACAAAGGAACAGAACUUCAAACCAGCUGAAGACCUGUUGCUUUGCAAAACAUGGCUAGAGAUUAGUAGUGACCCAGUAAUUAGCACAGGCCAGAGAAAGGAGGGGUUAUGGGCUAGAAUUGAGAAAAGGUAUAAUGAACUUAGAGGUGAGUUUCCAAUGAGACUGAAUAGGGCCCUGAGCAGUAGGUGGGACAAAAUCAGAGCUGAAACAGGCAAAUUUGCUGGAUUCUACGCAAGAGUCCUAAGGGAAAACCAGAGUGGGCUCACAGAUAACGACAAGACUUCAAAAGCAGCAACUUUGUAUGCAACAUCACAGAAAAAGCCAUUUAAUUUCAUGCACUGCUGGACGCGACUGAAAGACGAACCCAAAUGGGAUGCCAUGGUUCAUGGCAGCCCAUGGAGAGGCAAUGCGGGGACCGAGCCUGUUCGUAGUCUAACACCAACAGGUUCUGUGAAUGAAGUGGAAUCUGAUGACGGAGGUUCGAAAGGCAAGAGACCAUUAGGACGUGACUCGACUAAAGCAUCCAGGAAGAAGUCAAUGUCGAGUUCAUCCCAGUCUGCUGACUACCUGUCAAGACUCCAUGACAUUCAAAUUGCAAGAUUGAAGCAAAGUGAAGAAAAAUCAGACCUCAAACAACACAACAUUGAGUUCAUGAAGGAAGUUGAACUUAAGAAGUUGGAGGUUCAGUCCAAGGAAAUAGAAGUGCAGGAGAAAAAAUUGAUGAUGGAAGAUAGGAAGCAAAAGGUUGAAGAGCUCAACAAACUUUAUGCCAUGGAUAUGGAUGCUUUACCAGAAGAGUUGAGAGCUGUAUACAUGGCGAUGAGAAAAGGUUUAAUUGAUUUUUUCAUCAACAAUCCUAUCUGAAGAGUACUUAUUUAUUUCAUAAGGUGUUGCUCACCUUUGUAUCGGCGUACCCAAAUUCAUGUGUGUUUGCACUUUAUACAAUUUGGACUAGUCUGAACAUUUCCUUACUAUAUUGAGAACAUGAGCAUGGAAUUUGAACAA